AUGAAUGCUUUGCCGAGGGCACUCGAAUCGCCAGAGGUUUCCAGUUCUUGGCCCCAAGAUCUCCCACAAAAGCCCUUGAAAGACCACCGCAGGGAGCUGCUUACUGCUCCCAAAAGCAUCUGGAAAACCACAGGACAUCCAAGCCCUCGAGAUGCAGCCCAAGCAUUUUUUCUUGUACCUGCUAGACAUGGUACAAAAGCACUCCCCAAAUCUCCUGUACCAAGCAUGGCAUCUUCAGAUGAAGAGUUGGAAGAUGAUAAGGGGAAGAUAGAAUCUGCAGGUAUUGAAGUAAGUCAAGCUGAAGACAAUGCAGCUCAAGAAGAACGUGGAAACCACAAGAUGUUUUUGAAUGAUGCUGAUGCGGACGGCCGAGAGUUGGAUGAGCUGGUCAAAAUGAGAGAGAGCAUCGCCCCCGUUCUGUCAGAAUCAAAUGAGAACUUGUCAGAUUUUCACCAGAAUGCUUCAAACGUGCUCAGUCGGAAUACUGACUUUAGCUUUGACAGAGUCACAAACCAGUCAGGUUUGUGGAAAAGAGCAUCAAGUGCAAGUGGAUCAGGAAGUGGCAGUAGUACUGAUCUUUCCCAGCUUCGAUGCUCUUCCUUUUCACUGGACAGUGUGGCAUGUUCAGAUUGUGAGCUGGAAACCAACAAUAGCAGCAGUAAAAUCUCUGACAGAAUCCAACUACACAAUGGCUCUCCAUUGGUGGCCAGCAGUCUCUACAGCAGCAUCGUCGAUGCAAAUCCAUCCUUGUCUGGUUGCUAUAGCAUUAGUGACCCACUCCAAGCAUCACCUUCUGCAGAGAAGCUCUCACCACCCAAGGAACCACCUUCAUUCUUAGAAAUAUGGCAUGAUCAAGUCCUCAACCAUUGCAACUGGUCAUUAUGCUACUUGUGCUGUUUCCUGCAGGUCCCUCCUCCAAGCGAAAAAAAAGACACGGAUCUAUUAGAAGCUAGGGAACAAAUAUCCAAAGCUUGUGCAGCAUGGUAUCUGCCUUGUUUACCAACUUCCACAGAUGCAUUGUAUGAGGAGAGUUAUGAUGACCUCAGGGCACACAAAGAAUUGGAUGGGAUCAUUCCGUCUACUGGGUUAUUAUCUCAUCAGCUCUUGGAUAAGUCCAGCAAACUCUCUAAUUCAGAACUGACUGAAAGUUCACCAGCAUCUCACAUACUCAGGACUACACAUCCAGAGAGAUCGCUGGCUGAAAUUGGGCUUUCCUUGAUGGAUCGACAGGGUAGCGCCAGUGCCAUUGGUCAGGUUGACCAGCACUUGGCUGAAAGAUCUCUAGCAGACUCCCUGGAGAAGAUUUCUGGGAGAGAUGCAGGAGAAAUGGACAGAAUAAUGAAAAAUAAUGGUUUCCCACCCCAUCACACUGAGCUUGUUUCAGCAAAUACACCAAUGGUGACUUGCUUUGAUAAUGAGAAAGAAGAGCCUCCGAGGUUUGUCAGAAUGGACAUAGAUUUAAACCCUUCCAUGCUGCUAGUUAAGGACAUCAAACAGUCAUCUAUGCUGCAACCAGACCACACUAAGGACUCAGGACAAUUUUCAGCCAGUAGCCCAUCAUGUACGAAUGAGGAAGACUCACCUUUACUCCCAAAUAACCCCAAUGAUAGUGAACCAGGCUGGGCCAGUGAGGACGUUCACCGUAUGAAAAGAACAUGGUCACAGGACGAGUCUGAUGGGGGUGUUGAUAUUGGGUUACAGUCAAGCAAAGAUACUGCGGAAAAUGAAGCGAUUUGGUCCGUUUCAAGCUGUCAUGCUGAGAGUGAGAAGAUCUUGGAAUCUCCACAAACCAGUCAAAUUGAUAGACAAGCAUCAUCCAAAGUAGAGCACAGUUUGCUGGAAAAGAUGGGGCGAGCAAGGCAAGCUGAAGAACGUAAGACAAAAGCUCUCACUAUCUUGAAAAAACUGAGCGAAGCAAAAGCUCCCGGUGUUCGAGUUAAAGAGGCCAUGAACAUCUCCAGCUUUGAAGAUUUUGACUUUUUGGCAAAAUACUGCAUUUUCAAUCAAGAGAAGCUGGCAUUAUACAAAAGGACAUUUGAAGCGGUAGAUGGUGAUAAGGAUGGAUAUUUGACUUGUCUUGAGGUUUUAAUGGCACUGAAAGAAAUCGUUCCAGCAGGAGAACUUACUGAUGCAGAAGAAAUAUACAUCUAUAGGAUUUUGGAAAUCACGGAUUAUCAUGUGACAGAUGGCCUGACAGACUUUCGGCUCUUUGCAGUGAUAGCUAGCCUGGCACAGAAAAUAGCAGCGCUGGAUGAUUUUAUGAGGUCUCUGAUUGGCAACAUGGAUUUCAAAGCUCUGGAGCUGAGGAUGUACAAAGCUAGACAAUUGUUCCUAUGUAAUGUUGAUUCAGAAGAAUCCAGUAUCAGUGUCCAACAGUUGUUAGUGGAGCUGAAGGCUGGUGGGAUCAGUGAAAUCCAUGAGGAAUCGGUGAGAAAGAAACUGUGGAACAUGAAGGCACUGGAUCUGCUAGAUUUUCUUACUUAUUUACCACUUUUUGUCCUCAUCCAUAACUCCAUUUUGUUAAAUCCAUUGGACAACUCCAGGACAAUCUGAAGUUUACAACUCGCAUACUUUAGCAAUGUAACAAAGUAGAAAGCACUGCGCAAAUAUUCUGGUGCUUAAGAAUGUAUCUAUUCAUUAUGGCUUGAAAUGG